AAAGAAUUUAUUGGCCUCAAAGUUCGGUAUAGGAGUAACUUAGAAUUCCAUUCUAUCACUAUGAAGAAAAGUGGUGUUCUUUUCCUCUUAGGCUUCAUCUUGCUGGUUCUGAUUGGAGUUCAAGGAAACCUAGUAAUGAGGAAGGGUCGCUGUUCCUGUAUCAGCACCAACCAAGGGACUAUCCACUUACAAUCCUUGAAAGACCUUAAACAAUUUGCCCCAAGCCGUUCCUGUGAGAAAACUGAAAUCAUUGCUACACUGAAGAAUGGAGAUCAAACAUGUCUAAAUCCAGAUUCAGCAGAUGUGAAGGAACUGAUAAAAAAGUGGGAGAAACAGGUGAACCAAAAGAAAAAGCAAAAGAAUGGGAAAAAAUAUCAAAAAAACAAGAAAGUUAAGAAAGUUGGGAAAGUUCAAAAAUCUCGACGUCCUCAUCAAAAGAAGACUGCAUAAGAAACCACUUCACCAAUAAGUAUUCUGUGUUAAAAAUGUUCUAUUUUAAUUAUACCGAGAUCAUUCCAAAGGAGGAUGGCAUGUAAUACAAAUGCUUGUUAAUUUGACUAGAAAAUUUAAAACAUUACUCUGAAGUUAUAACUAAAGCUAGAAUGUUGAUUUUGAGAAUCCAAAUGUUAAGAAUUGUUAGAGGCUAUGAUUGUCUUCGUUCCUCUACCACCCACCAACUGAAUUUCAUCAUGUGUAAGGCCGUGAUUUUAGUAAUAUCCGUGUCCAGACAGAUGCUCAAACAACUACCUCCCCCACACAACAGCUGCCUGGAAGAGCAGUCCUAGGCUUCCACACACUGCAGCCUCCAGAGAGUAUCUGAGGCACCUGUCAGCAAGUCCUAAGCCUGUUAGCAUAGCAUGCUGGUGAGCCAAGCAGUUUGAAAUUGAGCUGGACCUUACCAAGCUGCUGUGGCCAUCAACCUCUGGAUUUGAAUCAGCCUACAGGCCUCACAUAUAAUAUGUCUGAGAGAUUCAUGCUGGUUGCUGUUGGGUACCACCACUGGAGAUCACUAGUCUGUGGCUUUCAGGGGUUCCUUUCUGCCGUUGGAAGCCAUGUGAUUCUAUCUUGUCUGCUCAACACUUUCUUAUUGUUCCCCUUUGCUACAUUCAAGUCAGCUCUUCUCCAUCCUACCACAAUUCAGUGCCUGCCUCCUCUCCAGUGCAUAUGUCAUAUGCUCUGGUUUAUCUGUGUCGACUCCUUUCUCACCUCGUCCCCAACACCCCACAGAAAUACUUUCUUCUCCCUAUUGGUCCUCCCUCAAGCCAGUCUUCAAGGCUUAGUUCAAGCCCUGACUCUUAAAUAAACCUUUCUGGACACAAUUUAUUAUCUUAAAAUUCCUAUUUCACUUGGGUUCAGUACCACAUGGGUGAACAAUGAAUCGUUAACUAAUUCCUGUGUGUUUAUCCUAGCUCUCCAAACGGAUUGUCAGCUUCUUGAGGGCAAGAACCACGGUUUAUUUCCAUGAUUUUUCCACGGUGUGUAAUAAUACUGUGGAAUUAGAUUUUCGUAAUUUUUUAAUUGCUGUCAUUACAGGCAGGAGGGCAAUCAGACCAUUGUCUCAGAGCAGGUGCUGGCUCUUUCUGGCACCUCCAUGUUGGCUAGCCCGUGGUUAACCUCUUACUUAUUAUCUUGGCCAUUCACUGCAGGGACCCGGGAUGAUGCAACAUCCUUGUCUUAUUAUGACAGGAUAUUUACUCAGCUUCUCCAACAAUAAGAAGCACGUGGUAAUGAUCAUAAGCUUGCAGAUAUUCUGGACUGUUUUUAGAAAAUAUAGUUUCCCGAAAAUCACAGAAUCUUACAAUGAAAAGGGCUUUAGAGAUCAGUCAGUGACCAACCUUUUCCCAACCAUACAAAAAUUCCUUCAGUGCCAUUCCCAGCAAGCUUCAGCUUUCUACAAUCCAGUAAGAUAGCUACCAAGAUUAUUUUCAAAACUUCUUUUAAGCAAAUAUGAAUUUUAUUGUCCACUUACUUGUUUUGGAGUUUGUAUUGUGAUUACCAAUUACCACACUGUCUCUCAUGAAGAAAGGGAACAGUGAGGUAUCAAGUACUAGAGGAAGCAGCCAGGUCAGUUAGUGGAGGUAUGAUUGGUGCCCAGUUAGUCUCUGCAGGACAUGGAAACCUCUUUCCAGAGAAGGUUCCAUGAAUUGUGUAGGAGAGGUUUGUCUUUGGCCAGAAUUUAAACCUAUACUCACUUUACUAAAUUGUAUCACCCCUCACACUGCUGAUGAUUUAGAGUGCUGCCCAGUGGACAUCCCACCUGAAUGUCUUACCUAAUCAGGAAACUCCCUAGUCCUUUCCACAUAACUUCCCUGAAAAAUCUAAGUGUUUCAUAAAUUUGAGAGUCUGUGACCCACUUACCUUGCAUCUCACAAGUAGACAGUAUAUAGCUAAUAACCAAAGACCACAUAUUUUCACUAACACACCCGUUGUAAUCAUUUAUUAUACACACACACUCACACACACACACACACUCUCAAAGCAAAUAAUUUUUAAGUUCAAAACAGUAUUGACUUGUAUACCUUAUAAUUUGAAAUAUUUUCUUUGUUAAAAUAGAAUGGUAUCAAUAAAUAGACCAUUAAUCAGAAAA